GACUGAAAGACUGAAAGAUGCUUGAUCCCCCGCUUGACUUCUCAUUUAAGUGUCUGAGCACGAUGGCAGAUGUCCUGGCGGAGGAGCCCAACCCAGGCCUGCGUCCGCUGAAGCGCUGGUCAAAUAGGAGGUUCAGCAGCCGAGCGCUCCGCCUGAACAACAACAUCAUCACCGACCUCACCGGCCUCCAGGUCACCGUCUCCACCCUGCUGCAGCACCCCACACUGCUGGCCUGGAUCGACCUGUCCUUCAACGACCUCUCCCACAUAGACCCGGUCCUGACGGAGCUGCAGCAGCUGCGGGUGUUAUAUCUCCAUGGCAACAGCAUCAGCAAGCUUGGGGAGGUGGAUAAGCUGGGGGGGCUGCCCUUCCUGCAGACGCUCACGCUGCACGGCAACGCACUGGAGAACGAGCGCGGAUACAGGGGUUAUGUGAUUGCGGCCAUUCCCCAAAUGAAGAUGAUGGACUUCAGUGCCGUGACCAAUCAGGAGCGCCGUAUGUCUCGGAUCUGGCAUCAGCCCGCCCACCGCCACAAACCCACCAGUCACAGCUCAGACACCUGAGGCACACACACACACACACACACACACAC